GAGGCAGAGCGCGUGGCGCACCGGCGCCUUCCGUCUCUCGGCGCAUGGAGGCGAUGCCUUGCCACAACCAGAGGGUGGGCUCGGCAGGCGCGUCCCGGCAGGAGCAGGCAGCGGCGGAGGGAGGCCAGGACUGCCCUCAGCGGCCGCUCGCGGGCAGCGGCGGCGUUGUUUCCCGGCAGCUCCGCUUCGCCGACCCUGGCCCGGGCGGCGAGACCCCCAGCCCGGAUAGUAGCAGUAGCUGUUGUAGUGGCGGCGGCAACGGCGGCUGCUACUGCUCGGGCAGCAACGGCAGGGCCCCCCUUGACGCGGCUCCGUUGGCAGCCGCCGCCGCCGCCCCUCAGCUUAAGCUCCUGCCCAUGAACGACCAGAUCCGGGAGCUGCAGACUAUCAUCCGGGACAAGACAGCCAGCAGAGGUGACUUUGUAUUUUCUGCUGAUCGCCUAAUCAGGCUUGUGGUUGAAGAGGGAUUAAAUCAGCUGCCAUACACAGAAUGCACAGUAACCACUCCAACAGGGUACAAAUAUGAAGGGGUGAAAUUUGAAAAGGGAAACUGUGGAGUCAGCAUAAUGAGAAGUGGAGAGGCAAUGGAACAGGGUCUGCGUGACUGUUGCAGGUCCAUCCGAAUAGGGAAGAUCCUGAUCCAGAGCGAUGAAGAAACUCAGAGAGCCAAAGUGUACUAUGCAAAGUUUCCACCAGAUAUUUACAGGAGAAAAGUUCUUCUCAUGUACCCAAUACUAAGCACUGGCAACACUGUGAUAGAGGCUGUGAAGGUUCUUAUAGAACAUGGAGUUCAGCCAAAUGUCAUAAUCCUGCUGAGUCUAUUCUCUACACCCCAUGGUGCCAAAUCAAUAAUCCAGGAAUUCCCAGAAAUCACCAUUUUAACAACAGAAGUUCAUCCCGUUGCACCGACGCAUUUUGGACAGAAGUAUUUUGGAACGGACUGAAGUGCUUUAACCAGUGUGUGUUUUGUUACUGUAUAAUAUUAUACAAUUUUUCUACAUUUUAUAAUUUGGAGCAGAGGUGUUGCUGAGUGUAUUUAACAUCUUUUUUUCUUUUGCCAAAGGUGAAAAUAGUUGACCUGGGCAAGUUUUUUUAUUUAAAAGGGAAAGUAUUUGAUUUUGUGUCCAGUUUUUAUUCUAACAAUGAGUUGGGGGCAAUAAUGAAGCACCUUGUGCAGCAAACUUUUAAUAAUGUGCAUAUCUAAAUUGCUGUACUUGUAGUUCUUUUAUUUAUUCUUUUGUAGCCAGUUUAAACGGCUGGUUAUGACGACAAAAUAAAAUAACUGUGAAGACA